AUGGCUGCACCUGCUUCUUUGAAUCCUCUACCUGAGAACGUGAAAUCUCUCGUUCUCGUUCUUGAUGCUGCAAAAGCCGACGGAUCGUCUAUCUUUGGCAUUUCGGAAAAGGACAAGGCAGACGUCUCUGCUUGGCUUGAGAAAAUCGCAGCGGGCGAUCUCGUCAAGCCCCAGUCAUUCGACGAACUUAACACUACACUGACACCCCUCACCUACCUCGUCUCGACCUAUCCGACAGCCGCCGACCUCGCCCUGUACGCCCUCCUCCAUCCGACGUUCUCCCAGCUCCAGCCUGAGCAAUACUACACCCACCCCGCACUCACGCGCUACUUUGACCACAUUCAAAAUCUCCCCGCCGUCCGCUCCUCGUCGUCCGCCUCAUCCUUCCCUCUUGUCACGUUCGACCUCGAGAACGCUCCCAAGCUCGAGCGCAAGGCUGACCCUCCGAAGGAGAAGAAGAAGAAGGCUGCUGACGGAGCGCCAGAGCCGGUAAAGGAGGGUGGAUCGGCCAAGGCCGUGAAGGAGAAGGCGAAGAAGGGGGCGGAGGCCGUGAAGGAAGCCGUGCAGGGUGCGGUGGCUGCCGUUGCAUCGGGAUCGGGCGAGGGAAAGCAGCCGAAGGAGAAGAAGGAGAAGAAAGAAAAGAAAGAGAAACCAGCUGCGGCGCCGAAGGCUGCUGCUGAAGAUAGCGGCGAGCCCGUGCCUAGUAUGAUUGAUCUGCGGGUGGGACAUAUCGUGGACAUCAUGAAGCACCCUGACGCGGAUGGCUUGUACGUUGAGCAAAUUGACUUCGGAGAAGAAACCGGUCCUCGAACGGUCGUCUCCGGUUUGGUACACUAUAUUCCCAUCGAGCAGAUGCGGGACAAGUACCUCGUCGGCGUGUGCAACCUCAAGCCAGCGAACAUGCGUGGUGUCAAGAGUUUUGCUAUGGUGCUUUGCGCAACGUCGAAGGAUGGCAAAGAAGCUGGGAUCGAACUCAUCCAGCCCCCGCCAGGCAGCAAACCCGGCGACCGGGUUUACUUCGAGGGCAGCGAGUUUGAGGGCGCCACCCCGCUUUCGCAGCUGAACCCCAAGAAGAAAAUAUUCGAGACAGUCCAACCAGGUUUCACGACGCUAGAGACGCGCGAGGCGGCAUGGGUAAACCCUGCAACGAAGAGUAUACAUCGCAUCAGGACGCAGGCGGGUAUCUGUCUUGCACCGACACUGGUUGGAGCUUCCUUGUCGUAG